AUGGCUUCAGGUGCUGUAAGUCGAACAGCUCCUAUUUUUCAGUUGGGUAAAUGUCUUGCCGUUCCGAUGCAGUUGCAUGUAGCCAAUCGUCAGCGUCUUUGCAAUCGCAUUCGGGACAAAAUAUUUUCGCUUGAUACUAGCAAAUCUCUCACACACAACCUUUCUGGUGUGUUUGUUGUGCUACAGGGUGGCACUGAUACCUUUCUGGGAGAUUCGGAUGCUGCCAAUGUAUUUCGUCAGGAAUCAUUCUUCCAUUGGGCUUUCGGUGUUCUCGAACCAGAUUGUUAUGGGACAAUUGAAGUGGCUACUGGACGUUCUACACUUUUUAUCCCAAAAAUACCAGAAGAAGCUACUAUAUACGACGGUGAAUUAGCUUCGCUUGAACAAUUUUCAAAAAAAUACAAUGUAGAUGAAACUCACUAUACAGAUGAGAUUGCUUCAUAUUUGAGCUUAUGGAAUGCUACGCUUCUGCUAACCUUAUGUGGUGUAAACACAGACAGUCAUCGUCCUACUCCAGAAGCUAAAUUCUAUGGGAUUGAAAGAUUCCAAGUGAACAAAGAUAUUCUUCAUCAUGAAAUUGUAUCAUGUCGCCUUAUCAAAACUGAUAUGGAGUUGGAUGUCAUCCGUUACACAAAUCGUAUAAGUAGUGCUGCACAUCGUCACUUAAUGCGUUCAAUUAAACCGGGAAUGUAUCAAUAUCAGGCAGAAAGUAUUUUCAGACAUUAUUGCUACUUCCAUGGUGGUAUGCGUCAUAUGAGCUAUACAUGUAUUGCAGCUACAGGAUGUGAUUGUGCUGUACUCCAUUAUGGUCAUGCAGGUAAACCGAAUGAACAUCAAAUUCUGGAUGGUGAAAUGUGUUUAUUUGAUAUGGGCGGUGAAUAUUAUUGCUACUCUUCAGAUAUUACUUGUUCAUUUCCUGUGAAUGGCCGAUUUACUGAUGAUCAAAAGUUAAUUUACAAUGCUGUACUAUGUGCAUCACGUGCCGUGUUAAAUGAAAUUAAACCAGGUGCUGAUUGGGUUCAACUUCAUCAAUUAGCUGAACGAGAAAUUCUUACUCAUCUAAGAGAAGGUGGUCUACUUCUGGGUGAUAUUAAUGAAAUGAUGAAAUCAAGACUGGGUGCUAUAUUUAUGCCACAUGGAUUAGGUCAUCUACUUGGAUGCGAUGUACAUGAUGUUGGAGGUUAUUUAAAUGAUACUCCAUCUCGAAGUUCACAGCCAGGUUUAAAAAAUCUACGUACAGCUCGACUAUUACAAACCAAUAUGGUAAUGACAGUUGAACCAGGAUGUUAUUUCAUUGAACGCUUAUUAAAUCAAGCCUUAUCGUCGGAUAUACUAAGUAAAUUUAUUGACAGAGGUCAAAUUGAAAGAUUUAGAAAAUUUGGUGGUGUAAGAAUUGAAGAUAAUAUUAUUGUCACUGAAACUGGUUAUGAAUUGUUAACAGAUGUUCCACGGACUAUUGAAGAAAUCGAGGCAUGGAUGUCUUCUAAAACGGAAUGUAAUGGUCAUAUUUAUGAAUAAUAAUCUUAGAUGUAUAAUUCCUAUGUGAAAUGAAAUGAUUCACAAUUGAUUUUUUUAAAGUAUAAUGUGUAA